UCGAAACUGUCGAGUACAGUUGUUGCAUAGUCAAUUGGUGACAUAUCGUCUGUAUAUAAUUUCACAUGUUCAUGUUUUUAUAAACAUUUUUCACAUUCCACCGAAGUUAGAUUGCAGCCCCGAUAACCGUCGUCACUCUGUUUUGCAAUGGACGAUAGCGUUGCGGAUGUUUCAGAGCACUUGGACUCUAGCGACACUGAAGAAUUCACGCCCGGCAAAGUACUUCAAGACAUUGAAAAUGCUUGGUUGAACGAAAAAUUUGCACCGGAGAUAUUACCUCAUCAGUCAGAGCUCGUUGAUUGUAUGCUCGAACAGAUUUCGCACAUGGAACAAAACAUGACAAAACUGAAAAAGGGUGACAUCAGGCUAGCUAUUCAUAAGAUGGAAAUUGAUAGAAUACGAUUUGUUAUAACAAGUUACCUGCGAACGAGAUUAGAAAAAAUUGAACAAUACACCAUACACAUUUUGUCGGAAGAUGACAAAAAGAGUCCGGAAGAAUCUUACCUAACUCCAGGCGAACGCAAGUUUGCCAAAGAAUACUUGGCCAGUAUUGAAACACUUUUCACAACGGUCGCGCUUCAACACAUGCCUGUUAAUUUUCAAGAGUUCGAAAUUGACAAACUUACUGUCAAACCAAAUUUGAACAGUCACGUCUUUCUGCGAGUUAACAAACCUGUGCAAGGAAUCAUCUUACCUGGAUCGGCAAAUGAUGAAAUAGAUUUGACGGUUGGUGCGCAGCGCCUUAUUCAAUACCAGCCAAUCGCAAGCCUAGUCAAAGAAGGAGCAGUUCAAUUAAUAUAGAUGUCACAUAACACGUCUUGUUGGACUUUCAAGUUGAAAAUGAUAGAUAAUCUAGUUAUAACAAUACUGAAAAGAAAAAUGAUCAAAUAAUAAUUUCAACACUACAACUAAUGUUUUGAACGUUAGCUUUUGUGAAUAAAGUAGAAUGAAAUCACUACCGUGAGAGUUAAAACUUCAGAAGUUUAGUUAUCAAGUAUUUUACUAGAAUAAAAUUUCAUAGCAUCCUUAAAGUGAAUAAAGCUCACUGUUUUUACAAACUUCAAAUAAUAAUAGUGUUCGUUAUUCGAAAAUAUAGAUUUUCCAUUCAUAAUUUCUGCUAGGUUGCACAUCUAUAAUAUUUAUUAAUAUUGUGUAAGAUGCACAAUACAGUUGACCGUAAAGAGAUACAAAACAUUAAAAUUAGUAUAUUUUUUUAGUUGUGAAGUAACUUUCUGUUCUUCAAAUUAGAUUAAGUAGAUGCAUUUUAUUAAUUCAAUGUAUUUCAUUAUUUGAUAUUUCCAAUAUUUCCGCUACCUGGGCUGUAUCAUAAUGAUACUUAUACUGUGAUCAAUUAUGUCAAUAUACAUUAAUAAAGUCCGUAAAGAAUGAUUAAGGAUGAUCAGAAAUGGUUAAAAGCACAAGAUAAUUUUGGCUACAUGUACUAUAACCGUCUCACAAAACUGUAAGUGAAACUUGAAUGUUCCAGCUUCAGAAAGUCCAAAGCCUGUCAUUUAAUUGUACAACUUCUUAGCGUAGCUUUGAUAUAAUUUAUGUGAUUUGUAUCUUCUAAUCUGUUAUAUUCUAAUCAUCAAUUGUGCCUUAUAUAAUUCAAUUGUA